ACUUUCCUUUUCGGAGCGGGGAGGAGCGGCAGCUGCGCAGGCGUUGCUCGCACCCUGUUGAUUAGUCAGUGCUGGGAUGGCGCUUCCUGGGCCAGGCGCGGCGGCGGGCGGCCCCAGCCGGUGCCGGGGGGCGGCGGGAGCAGCGUUGGCCGCCCGGCGGCCCUCCCCCUCCGCCUAGCCCGGCAUGUCCCGCGGCGGCAGCCGGCGCUGAGCGCGGCGAGCUGCCUCCCCGCUUCCUUCCCUUCCGUCGCCGUCCCGCCGGGUUUGAGCAGCCCCGCCGGCGCUGCCCGUCCGGCUCCCUCCCCUCCGCGCCGCUGCCCUGCCCGGGCCAGGCGGGAAGAUGGACCCCGGCCCCUCGCUGGGCUUCAGCCUGAAGGACGUGAAGUGGAGCGCGGUGGCCGUCCCCCUGGACCUGCUCGUCAGCACCUACCGCCUCCCGCAGAUCGCCCGGCUGGACAGCGGAGAAACUGUAGAAGGCCUUCGAGAGACUGAUUACCUCCUGAUUCAUUCGUGUCGGCAGUGGACAACAAUUACAGCUCACAGUCUGGAGGAGGGCCACUAUGUCAUAGGGCCAAAGAUAGAAAUCCCUGUACAUUAUGCAGGGCAGUUUAAGCUGCUGGAACAAGACCGAGAUAUUAAGGAGCCAGUGCAGUAUUUUAACAGUGUGGAGGAGGUGGCUAAAGCAUUUCCUGAACGAGUUUACGUCAUGGAGGAAAUAACAUUCAACGUUAAGGUGGCUUCAGGUGAAUGCAAUGAAGACACUGAGGUUUACAACAUUACCCUUAGUACUGGGGACGAGCUCACUUUAAUGGGGCAAGCAGAAAUCCUUUAUGCAAAAUCUUCGAAGGAGAAGUCACGACUCAACACCAUCUUCAAAAAAAUUGGUAAACUUAAUUCAAUUAGCAAGCUUGGCAGAGGCAAAAUGCCCUGCCUCAUCUGCAUGAACCACAGGACCAAUGAAAGCAUCAGUCUCCCAUUCCAGUGUAAGGGCAAGUUUAGCACCCGCAGCCCGUUGGAGGUGCAGAUGCAAGAAGGUGAGCACACAAUUCGUAAUAUAGUAGAAAAAACCCGGCUGCCUGUUAAUGUAACUGUGCCAAGUCCUACUCCCAGAAACCCUUACGACCUGCAUUUUAUCCGUGAAGGACACAGGUACAAGUUUGUCAACAUUCAGACCAAAACUGUGGUGGUUUGUUGCGUGCUUCGUGGCAACAAAAUUAUUCCCAUGCAUUUUCCCUUGCACUUGACACUUCCAAAAUUUACUCUACCUGACAGUCUUGUGAAGGGGGAGCUGUGGCACGAAUCCCUCAUCCAGCAUUGGUUUAAUAUAUGUCAGGAACAGUUUGACAUAGACGAGUAUUCCCGUGCUGUGCGCGAUGUGAAAACAGACUGGAAUGAAGACUGCAAAAGCCCAAAGAAGAGCCGGUGCAGCGGGCAUGCUCACGUGCCCAACUCCCUCAGCUAUGCGCGGGACGAGCUCACGCAGUCCUUCCACCGGCUGUCGGUGUGCGUUUAUGGCAACAAUUUGCAUGGCAAUAGCGAAGUGAACCUCCACGGCUGCAGGGACCUGUGUAACGAAUGGGCUCUGUUUUCUCACGAUGCACUUCAGUACCAGGAUUCUGGUGACAGUAGCAGCGAUUAUCUUUUUCCUGAGGUUGGUGAAGAGUCGAUGUUUCUGCCUACGAAACCAGAGCUUCCUUACGAAGAGCUGUGGUUGGACCAAGGGUCUGGAAAACCUGGCGAGCAGCCGCUCACACGCUCGCUAAGUGAGAAGAACAAAUGUGACAAUUACAGAGGAUCCUUCCGAUCAAAGUGUGGUAGUGCGUCUCUUCCUGUGCCUGGGACAGUCGACGCAGCAACAAAGUCUUCAGAUGUUUCCCUACCUCCACCUCCAGUGCCUCCCAAAUCAGAAGCAGUAAAAGAGGAAUGCAGGCUCCUGAACGCUCCCCCCGUCCCACCACGGAGUUCAAAACCAUCUUCCACCAGUCCUUCCAUCCCUCCUCGCACAGUCAAACCUGCACGACAGCAGACGCGCUCUCCUAGCCCUACUCUGUCCUACUACUCUUCAGGACUGCACAACAUCAAUGUCACAGAGAGCGACAGUGUGAACCCAGCUGAGAGCAGCACACCUGUUUCAUGCUACCCUUGUACCAUGAUGAAAACCGAAUCCAAAGAGCCUGAGAACACAAUGCCUUUUGGAAGCCCCUCAAUUGAAGCUCUGCCUUCCAGAUUAUCUUGGCCAAACCAUUUUUCAGGAACUACGGAAGGCCAGAAUAGGAGCGAUUUCCUGCUGGAUCCAAGCAGGAGCUACAGUUAUCCCAGACAGAAGACUCCAGGCACACCAAAGAGAAACUGUCCAGCACCUUUAACUUUUGACUUCGAUGGGUGUGAGCUCCCUGCGGGGUACUCCCAGCUGUCCCCAGCAGAGUUCAGCAACAUCUCCAGCUGCCCAAAGUCAGCAAGUUACUCUCUAGACUGCACUGAUGAGAAAGCUCUGGGAGACAGUAAUGCAAAGCAGAGUCAUUCAUGUCCUGCCUUACCUCCUCGGGCACCAAAGUCAAGUGAAGAGAAACAAGUUACAGACAUGUGUCCUUUGCCACUAAAAAUAGAUGGUGCCGAGGAGGAGUCAAAAACUGAUUCUCCAGACCUCCUGGAAGAUCAAUAUCUGGUUAAAAAGGGCAUGCAGGAUACGUUCUCUGUGUCUUAUCCCUUCUCGUCUCCCCUCCACCUCCAAUUAGCACCAAGGUCGUGUGGGGAUGGCUCUCCCUGGCAGCCACCCACAGACCUUUCUGGACUCUCGAUAGAGGAAGUGUCUAAAUCGCUGAGGUUUAUUGGUCUGUCAGAAGAUGUCAUAUCUUUUUUUGUUACAGAGAAGAUUGAUGGCAAUUUACUGGUUCAGCUAACGGAAGAAAUCCUGUCAGAAGACUUUAAGCUAAGCAAAUUGCAGGUUAAGAAAAUACUACAGUUCAUUAAUGGCUGGCGGCCCAAGAUGUGAUGCUGACUAGUUUUUAGUGGGAACUGUAUGAGAUGUGCUAGAGGCACUUCGGCUAAUACAUCACUUCCUGUUUUUUGCACUAAGAGCCCUUCCUGUAAAUAGUAGUAGAAAAAUUCUUAACUAUGCAGAUAAAAGUUUUUGAGUGGUGAGCAGAUUUUUUUUUUUUGUAUGUCAAUAAUAAUGGUAGAGAAUCUGCAGAGGUGUGCCUUGUGCAUCCCUGAAUGUUCAACAGCUGCUAAAAACUGGACAGUAAGGGAACUUUCACUCCGUACUCUACUAAGACUUAAUCAUAUUUAUUACUGAACAAUUUGAUGCUGAAAGACACACACCAAUCCAGUUUACAGUUUUGUGUUAACUGCAAAAAAAAAAAAAUGUUUCUUAUGGGAGUAUUUCUGUUCAAAUAAUGUUUGACAACAUGCUGUGACUUUUUUUUUUCCUCUUCUGCUAACAAAAAGCAUGGUCAGAGAUACACAAACAGAGUUUUGACACUAGGUCUGAAAAUGUUUAGAAUUGCUGUGAAGUGCCACUAAUACAGUGCUGCUGCAGCAUGUUUUUAUUAACAGUAUCUUCAUGACUACCUGAAAUGUGGGUACGUUUUCCACUUCACUUUGAGAGAAAAGAGUUAAGUGUUUCAAAACAAAACUUGCUUAGCUCAGUGCCCAAAGGGGAGGGAGAAGGGGGAUUUUCCUACUGAGCCACUCUGCCCUGGCCAAUUAAAAGUUUAUGACCUGUAUGUAGAUUUCAAAAGUUGCUUUCGUAGUCAUAUAGCUGCAGUCAGUGCCACGACUUGGGGUCAUGCAGCUUUCCCAUGUGAGAGGCAGCUCCUUGCACAAACCCUGCCCUCAGCAUCUCCGGCCCCUCACAGCUGCCAGCACGUCUGUCUGAGCAGCCCAGUAGCACAGCCCUUCCAUUUGCUUUGCUCUACCCAGAGGAAACCCAUUACAAUUCCUCUGUUGUUGUUACCAUCAUCUGAAAAUGUGCUGUGCUAUUCUUGGAGUCAGAUCUGUGUGGGAAGGUGAUAGUACUCCUGCAGGAUGCCUUUGAAAUAAAACAUUGGUGAGGUGCAAAGGAACAGGAGCAGUGCCUGCCAUGCAGAUAAGAAGGGGCCAAGUGAAAGCUUGGGCCAUGCCUCAGGAAAUGCUUGCGAUGCUUAAGUUCACCUGUUUCAUUUGCAGUGGACUAGGAGGACACGAGUGUCGAAGUGGAAGGGACUGUGCAACCACACUGAGAUGUGCUAACUCAAUUGCCCAGUCGCAAAAACUUGCUGCAAUAGAUGCCGCACAAAAGUACCAGCCAGAAGUGAGCACAGAGAUGGGAAGAGGGGCAUGAGGCUGCCCCUGCAGACCUUUCAAAUUGAAGUGUGGAAAGUUAAAAGUAGUAUUGACUAUUGAUAGUCCAUUGCUGAGUUCUUGUCAUUGGCAGAGCUCUCAGAAAUGUCUAAAUAACUUAGGGUCCCGAGAUCCCCUGCUUUCAUAGUCAUGAGUGAUGGAUUUGUGGAGGUCCUCAGGAAAGUCUGUAGAGCUCAUCCUCAAUGCUGUGUACCCAGGACCCUCAGGCAGUCAGAGACAGAGGUGCUGGAGCAGCUUCACAAGCCACAAAGCAGAGCCCUGCCUGGGGUGACCAUCACCUGCCUCUCAAUCUUUUGUGAAGGACACAGAGCACCUCUUCAAGGCACGUAGUGGGAGCAUCAGGAGAAAAUACAGAACAAAGAUGGGAGGCUUGUUUUGCCUUUUUUUUUUUUCCUCAACAAAAUAGAUUCAUUAAAACGAAUGUAUUUGCAAAGGGAGCUUUCUCUUGCCUGGGCAAAUUUCAUGUCAUGUCUCCAUGCUGAACAAGAUGCAUCGUUUAUUCUGCAAUACUGCAAACCAUCAGUUCCCAACCAGAGAGUAAAGCCCAACUGCAUAUGGGUACUAGAAGGCAGUGAGCCAAAACAUAUCCCUAUAGAAAAAAACAAGAAUUCAUAAUCUUACUCUUCUGUGUUAAUGUAUUGACUUCUAAAACAGUAACUUCUUUCAAAUGCAUUUUAAUUAAUGUCCUAAAAUAUUUUAACUGCCGUUAAGACUAAAUUGAAUUAGAGUACCGGUCAGAUGUGUAGGCAUGUGCAAAUUCAGAUCAGUUCUUUUUAACCCUCAUGUCAAAAGAGCAUUCAUCUAUUAAAGGGACAGAUUUGAAAUAUCGAGUACCUCUCUUUGGUUUUGCUUGGCUUGUUAAUUCUGGGUGAAAAAGUGAACGGUCUCUGUCUCUCUGGGAUUGCAAUCUUGACAUUAAAUAUUUCCAGAAAUUGCCA